AUGGCCGCUUCAUCAAAACUUUCGGACUCAUUGUCCUCGCUACGUACUCCUGCACGACUCCUCCGCAGCUCUUCACACUUACGCGCAUCACCCGGCCGCUGGCUCUCGUCAGGCUCAAACGUCAGCCCGCCGCUCCAGACCACCGACCCCGCCUUCGAUCCUCACCUCGCCGCAUUCCAUGAGGAGCCUUACAUGCUGAGCCCGGAAGACGGGCAGCCGUAUGGGUAUUUUCCAAUGCGGCUCGGCCAGGCGCUGCACAGAGGUAAAUACACGGUCAUGCGCAAACUCGGAUAUGGCACCAACUCAAGCGUGUGGCUCGCUAAAGAGACAAUGCCUGACAGGUAUCGCUAUGUUGUGAUCAAGGUCUUGUCGGUUCCCGCCACAUACGCCGAAUGUGAUGAGCUCUGCUACGAGGCUGCUGUUGCAACGAGCAUGGCGACAUUUCGGACAUCGGACACGACACAUCCCGGCUUCCGGCACUGCGCGAUGAUUAGGAGCAGAUUUAUCGAGGACAGUGCACACGAUGUCAAGCUGGCGAACAUUCUCGUCAAUUUGGGAGCCAGCACCGAACAAAUCGACAGCAUUCUUGCGAACGACCCCCCGCAGAUUUAUGCGGACUGGCCCCCGAUCAACUCGCACAUAUCGCCACAUCCUAUACCGGCCAUACAGUCUCAGCCUCUCCCCAACCUUGGUCUAGAUCCAUCAUAUGAGAAUCUGCACGUCCGUCUCAUCGAUUACGGCAAUGUCAUACGUGCAGGCGAUAUCAGCCCGGAUACUUUCAUCUGCACGCCGAUCGAGCAGCGCGCGCCCGAGAUGUUACUUGGACACGUGUGGUCGUAUCCCAUUGAAGUUUGGGCAGUUGGUUGCCUGAUAUUCCAAAUGCUUACGAGGCAGGCGUUGCUGUCAUAUGGAUAUAUCCCUGAUCUCUGA